CGUAGCCGCGUGGGCGGAGCCACAUCCCGCGUUCGCACAGGAGAACGAACUGCGCCUGCGCCCCAGACCAGCAUGGCGGCCUCUAGGCUCCUCUGUCAGACAGCAGCUCUACUUCGGCCCAGCAGAUGUGGGACAGUUGCGAGAUCCACAUCCGGACUCCUGAGGCAUCACGGGACCCUCUCGGUCGCAGCAGCGAGCCAGCCAGACGAUGAUAUCGAGGAGAGACUUCUGCGGGAGCCAUUGAAGCAUGCAGACUUCUUCAAUCUGCAGGAGCUGUUUUCUCUGAAGGAGCUCUUCGAUGCUCGAGUCCACCUUGGCCACAAGAAGAGCAGCCGCCACAGAUACAUGGUGCCGUAUCUCUUUGGCUGCCGUCUGGAGCACGACAUAAUUGACCUGGAACAGACGGUGCAGCACCUCCAGCUGGCCCUCAAUUUCACAGCCCACGUCGCCUUCCGCAAAGGCAUCAUCCUCUUCAUCAGUCGCCAUCGCCAGAUGUCCCACCAGGUGGAAAAUGUGGCCAAGGAGUGCGGAGAGUACGCUCAUACCCGCUACUGGCAGGGCGGCUUGCUGACCAAUGCCCCCAUCCAGUACAGCGCGGGGGUCCGGCUGCCGGACCUCCUAAUCUUCCUCAACACUUUCAACAAUGUCUUUGAGCCUCACUUGGCCAUCCGGGAUGCGGCCAAGAUGUCCAUCCCCACUGUGGCCGUGGUGGACACCAACAGCAAUCCCUCCCUCAUCACUUACCCCAUCCCGGGGAAUGACGACAGCCCCUCGGCCAUCAACCUCUACCUCUCGCUCUUCAAGACCACCAUCCUGAGGGCCAAGGAGAAGAGGAGGCAUCUCGAGGCUUUAUUCCGGCUGCAGAAGGAGUCUGCCAGACCCGCAGCCCCCCUCCGACGCCCAAUUCCUAGGGUGGAUGAGGACAAUGGGCAUUCCGACCCCUCAAGCUAGGAUUAGGAACGCUGGGACUUGUAGCCUCUACAUACCUGCUGGACUGAACCCCUCCCAUUUCUUAGCCUGCCUCUACUACAAGGUUGGGAAGCAGAGGUUGUAGAUCACAGCCUCUAACUAUUAGGGAUGCUGGGACCUGUAGUUAAUCAUUAGGUGGGCCAAAGGUUCCCCCCCUUCUGUUCUAUGCAUUGCCUUUCCACUUCAGUCUUCCCUCUUUUGAACUGCUAAUUUUUAAAUAAAUGUCAUUGGAUGCACCAGAUGCACCAGAAUGAGCAGCUGAAGGAAUAAAUGGUCUGGAUAGUA